GACUACUUCAAAAGGAAUUAAAUUUUUGGAAUAUUGAGUGCAGUAUGGAAUCAUGUUGCAUACAUCCUUACUUAAAACUUGAAAACCAAGUUAAAUUGUUGGAUAAGAUAAAGGAACCACGGAACACUUGCCACGAGUGUUUUGAUACUCUCCCUCGUAGUGUUCGAAUUCGGAGAAGGAUAUGGACUAUAAUGGAAGAACCAUUGUCAUCCAAAGCAGCGAAGGUGUACAUGGUGUUCUAUUUCAUGGUGAUCCUGAUAUCGACGGUUGUAAUUCUUCUUAGCACUCAUUCAGAUUUCCGAGAAGAGAGACGUGAGUUCAACGGGAAUUCAACAGAAAUGAGAAUCUAUUUACAGGCCGAUCAUGUUAACCAAAAAGUAAUCACCUAUGUUUUGAACCGUCCUUUUCAGGUUCUGACUAUAUUGGAAAGAAUAACCGAUUUAUUUUUUGUCAUUGAAAUGACUGUUCGCUUUUCAGUCUGUCCCUGCAAGAAGAGAUUUUUUAAAAGUUUCUUGAAUGCACUAGAUCUAUUAAUUAACAUUGCAAUUAUUGCGAAAUUUGUACUAGAGAACUACUACAUUGCAAUCUACAAAAGUCGCAUUUUAUACAUCGUUUUUGCAAGUUGUCAUGCUGUUAUAAUAUUCAGACUUACUCGUGUUUUCCGGUUUGCACUACAAUCUAGCGGUAUUCGAAUUUUAUUUCUUGCAUUGUGGGAUAGCUUUAAGGAUCUGUCUGUGUUACUUCUUAUGUGCCUAACAUUGGCAGUACUCUUUGCGAAUAUGAUAUUCUAUGCCGAAUUUUCAAACUUCACGUUUUCAAAUAUGUUUCAAGGAAUUUGGUUUGCUAUUGUUACCAUGACAACCGUUGGUUAUGGAGACAUAUAUCCGGUCACAAAACUUGGUUGUACUGUAGGUGCGUUAUGUGCACUCUCUGGAAUAAUUAUUUUAGCAGUGCCUAUCGCCAUUGUUGCCGGUAACUUCACAACAUAUUACAAGAAAUAUGCGGAGUAUCAGAUGAUAAAAGGCAAACAAGAUGGCCUACCUUUAACUCGAUCACAAAUAUCAAUUUGAAAUUGUCGGAAAGGUUAAAUUUAUCACAGCGUCAAAGAUGAUUUGAUAGCACGUUGAAGUUUAGCCGUACGGGCUUGUUGUAUUCUUUUGUUCAAAACUAGCUUUCUCAAUUGUUUGUGUUAUACAUAAACAAGUAGUUUAUGCAUGCGACGUUUCGAAACAAUCGUAUGGGAUUAAUGGAUGCAAAAAAAAUCAUUCUAUAUUGAAU